UGUUGAUUGAGGCUGUGUAGUAUGUAUAGACUACAGAGUGUACGCUGUAAGGGUGAGCGACUCGAGCGAGCGAGCCAAGGGCGAAUGGCAGAAAGCAUGUUUGCUUGAGGGCUCCCCCCCGUGUGCUGCCCUGAACCAGCCAUCUCCUCUUCAGAUUUUAGGUUUACAAUGAGGGACCAAAGAGAAAAGUGGUUCACCUCUUAACUUCACAAUGUGGAAGUGUUAGCUGUGGCACUGUAUUUACUAUUUCACUUCAAUGGCUACCAACGGAAGCAAGGCAGCACUGCCUCCUCGAACCCUCAAUGUGCAGAAAUUUGCAGAAUCCCGAGCUUCUGAACUUGAAGCUCUUCACUCAAUUGUCACAGAUAGAUUAAACAAUGAUUUCCAGUCUCAGAGAAACAAGAGGAGGAGAACUACUGGUUAUGAUAACCGAGUUGCGAGGAAUAGAUGGAAAAAGAGGCAGAAAGUGGGAUUUGAUGAUAAAAAGAAUGCUUCAGAUUUGGAAAAAUAUCAAAAGAAGGUUCCUCGCCGCAUUCGUCGAAGGGUUGAACUUAGAAAGAAUCCCGAAAAUGGCUACUUGAUGUCAGGCGAUGGCACGAAGAGGCUGCGAACACAUGUUUGGCAUGCAAAACGGUUCAAAAUGACAAAGCUGUGGGGUUUCCACCUCCCUCUGUGUUUGCAGGGCAGAGGAAGGGGUUCAAGGGCACUCUUGAAGCGGUUCAAACACGGAGCUCUCAUACAUGAUGCAAGCUACUACACUGCUGUCCAGUUGGAGGGUCCUGAGGAUUCAUUAUUGUCAGUUUUAAGCAUGGUACUGGUGCCUUUUCCAUCAGCUCAUUUUGAGGAUAUUUCUUCUAUACUUUCUGGAGUUGCAUAUGGAAGUGCUAUUCUUCAUCACAUUGGAGCACCUGUUUCUCAACCAAUUGCACCUGUGACCUACAUGUGGCGACCUUUUAGUCAGCACAUUGUGCAAAUGGAUGCACAUGACUGCAACCUUGAUGGAUACAGCGAGCCACGAGAAAUUGAGAAUUCUUCCUUCCGGCAGUUUUGGGCGUGGUUGCAUGCUUCUGCUUUCAAUGAAGGAUAUGAUACUCUGAAAUUGGCUUGUCAAAAGCAGAUGGAUGAGAGUGGUAUCUUGAUCGAUUGUUUUUCACGUGAGGGUCAACUUGCAAGAUUGGAAGUAAUGGGAGAAAAAGCAUUUCAACUUCUUGAAAAAACCUUAGAUCCUGCUGUUGUUUCAGAGAAUUCUUCCCAACAGAAAAAAUGUUCAGUUCAAGGAACCGGCACCAAAUCCGAAAUCAAGAAGUAUUUUGUCUUUGGAAAUGAGGAAGACACAUCUUCUCAUGCGAUUAUAUCUCUUACGGUCAGAGAUCCUCGCUCUUUCUCUGAAGUGAGUGUUGUUCCAAUGGGAACCUCUAUUAAUCAUGUAGGUGAUGUACAAGAAAAAGGAGCGAAAGAACCAUACGCCUUUACAGGAAGCCCUAAUAGUAAUAAUGACUCAUUUUCAUCACUGGAUUUGAAACCCAAAAAUGACAGAUUUUCUGACAGUGAGUUAUGGGAUGUUAGCAAUGGAUUAAGUCCUCCAGUGGAAGAAAGUGUUCUAUGCAUGGAAAAGCAUUGUAGGCGCCUGGAGUUCUUUUGCCUUGACAAAAAUUCAAGUAUGCCGAAUUCCUGGAUGAUGGCACAGCGUUCAAGAAUGUGUCCUAUUCUGCUUUUGAAAGCUAAUGAUCAGAAGGGCUCAAUUAUGGGGUGGUCUAUUAUACUUCCAUUAAGUUGGGUCAAGGCUUUUUGGGGUCCUCUUGUUGCCAAUGGAGCUCAUCCUAUUGGCUUGACUGAGAAACACUGGGUUGCCUGUGAUGUUGGGUUACCUUAUUUUCCGGUAGAUUUUCCUGAUUGCAAUGCGUACUCAUGCUUUAUGGCAAAUAAGGCUGCUGCCUCUGAUGAAAAGUUGAAGAAUCGUCCCCCUUCUGUGAGACCUUUUAGAAUUCCCAUUCCAUCUCCUUGGGACAGUAUCCAAUUUUCUUUUGAAAAACGAUUCACCAGAGCAGGAGAUACAGAUCCUUGGGAAAAGAACCUACAUGGUGAAGUCAAUAGCAAUUCAUUAACCAACUCAAACUCUGGAAAUUGCAAUGCAACACUUGUUCAUCAUUGUACUUCAUUUGAAGGUUUUGUUGCAAGGAAAGCUGAUAUGCUAACACUUUUCUUGAAUGAAAUCCAUGGUGAUGAUUUGUUUUUAUUCCCUAAGCAGUCAGAUAGGAAGAUGAGCAAUUUUCAAUUUAUGACGAAUGAAGGCAAGCUUUGUCUGGUUCCAAAUGGAUUGACCCAAAAAAUUUAUGAAAGAAAAUUAUGUUUCCUUAGAGUUCUUCUGCAUGCUUGCAAGGAAGGUGUUUUUGAAGAAGGAGCAAUUGUUUGUGCACCACAUCUUACUGACAUAUCACUAUGGACUUCCAGGUUUGGAGAUAAUGAAAGUGGGCUUCAAAUGCCUCACUCCUCUGUGCAAUCAUAUUUCAAAGAACAAUCUUUUGGGAAGUGGGCACUCCAAAUAUCAGAGGACCCUGUAGCCAAGAAAUCUCAUCGAUGGCCAAUUGGCUUUGUCACAACUGGAUUUGUCAGGGGAAGCAAGAAACCAAUAGCCGGGGCUAUAUGUGAGGCAGUCUCACUCGCUCAUCUUAGACAAGAGCAGUGGAAUGAGAUGCCUGUGAAGCAGAGGAGGAGAGAGGUUGCUGAUGUCUCUCCUCACUCUAUUGCUGAUGAGCAGGGAAGAAGGAGAAAGGAAGGAGCUCUCUCUGCCUGCAUUAAGGAAGGGCACCAUCAUGGAGGGCCCAAUUUUUGGGGAUGCUGGUUUCCAUCAAGGUUGGAUGAUUCGUGGAGGAUGCGUUGAAAGUGGAUUUUGGUCUCUAAUGAUCUCCUUGCACCUAUGAAAAAGGAAAAGAAUCAAGCAUCAAAACAUUUAUAUUUUCCCAUUUCACUGUUUGAAGGUGGUGUAGGACAACUUCUUUCACAUGUAGAGCAAGAGAGCCCUAUAAAUUUGCUUGUGCUCCUUCAUCAUGGCAAGAGAAUUUCUUCCAGAUUCAGAGCUCAGGGUUGUUACAUGGCUAUUCUGUUUGCAUUUGUGAUAAAAGCCUCAUUUCCCCUCUGUGGUACCUGCAUACAGUUUAUACAUCAGGGCAGUUAUUUUCUUCUUCUUCUAGGUUGUAGCUGUUAUAUGUUGAUUUAUCCUGUAUUAUAUGUAAUGCAUCUAAUAUUCUACUCAUUGUUUUCACAGAAUAUUAUAAAAUGGAAAUCGCAAAACAAUGAAUUAAUGACAGCAACUUAUAUUUUGCUUGAUUCUUAAAUGGCACGUGCUUGCUAUUUUCUUUUCUUUCUAUUUCUUUUAAAAUCCCGUCAUGUAUAACAAAAGCAUUUUGUGCAUGGUUCAAUUUUUUGUCCUUGCUACUUUGAUAUUUAGUUUUAUCCUAGAUGCAUUAGUGGUUCUAAAUUAUUCAUUGUUAUUGUUGUGUGAACUUGGUCAACUUUGUGAUCCAUAUCAUGGCAAAAGAGAGAAUAGUUAAGUUUGUUUUAAGGUUUCUUAUUCUCCAUUUGUACCUCUAUUUAUUUGUAGGGCAAGGGAAUUUUGGUCUUGGUCAUAUAUGCAACGGCAGACGUGAGACGAGAGGCUCAAAAGAUAAAACUGUGGCAGUAAACCAUUUUUAAAGCAAAGGUGUAAUUUUGUAUCUUGUCCCUUGAUUGGUUGGACUUGCUCGGUCUAUGUUAAAUUAAUAUUAGUUUAUUUUUGCUCACCGUGAUAUAUUUUUCUCAACCAAAAACAUUUGUGAGCUGGUAAAGGUUUUAAUGUGUUCAGUUUCUGACAUGUUUGUGUUAGCUUCAUUUAGUUAUGCUACAAGGUACAAAAGCUUGAAAUUU